AUGGCCGAAGCGGACCUCACCGGCCUCGUCGACGACUUCUACUUCUCGGCCCUCACCCACGCCCAGAACGACGCCGACGCCGCCGAGGACGAUGAGCUCUUCCCGAUAUCCGACGAGAAGUACGCCGCCGAGCUCCAGCUCCAGGAGGUGAUCAUGUCCUCCGCCAUCGCGGCUGCCGCCACGUCGUUCCCGGCACAUCGCAGUAUCGCCACCACCAGCAGCAGCGCAGUUGUCAUGUACGGUGAGUGCUCCUCCGCCGUCGCUUCUUCAUCUUCGUGCUCUGGGCAACCCAGUAGUUCCUCCGCGACGGCGACGGCGUCGCCCGCGCUCGUGUUCUGCAAGAUCUGCAUGGACGCCGUGCCGGAGUCGGACGCGCACCGCGCGAGCCGCGGCUGCGCGCACGCCUUCUGCAGCGCCUGCCUCGCGGGCUACAUCGGCGCCAAGAUCCAGGACCGGAUCGCCGACGUCAAGUGCCCCGAGGAGCGGUGCACCGGGGUGCUCGACCCGGCGCUCUGCCAGGGCAUGCUCCCGCGGGAGGUGUUCGAGCGCUGGGGCGCCGCGCUGUGCGAGUCCAUGAUGCUCGGCGCCAAGAGGACCUACUGCCCCUUCAAGGACUGCUCGGCGAUGAUGGUGGCGGACGACGACGGCGGCGACGUGACGCAGUCCGAGUGCCAGGUGUGCCGGCGGCUGUUCUGCGCCCGGUGCGCCGUGCCGUGGCACGCCGGCGCCGACUGCGCCGCCUACAGGAAGCUCGGCAGGGGCGACAGGGGCAAAGAGGACAUGCUGCUGCUGGAGACGGCCAAACAGAAGAAGUGGAAGCGGUGCCCCAAGUGCGAGUUCUUCGUGGAGAAAACCGACGGUUGCCUCCACAUCACCUGCAGGUGCGGCUUCCAGUUUUGCUAUGGAUGUGGCAACCAGUGGGGCGUGACGCAUGCUAGCUGCAGCACGGCGUGAUAGGAUGGUCGAUGGGCUGCCCAUGCACUUGCAGAGUUUGCAUCUUGGGAGCCUGACGUUGUUUGGAACGCGAGACACAUUUCUGAUUUCUACGGACUUCAAACUGUUUUGUGUGGAUUUUAAUUAUGCAAAAUUAUCGUUUGAACAAUAAUCUUUAGUGUUCUUGGAUGAAUUGGUGAUGACAUGCAACAAGCUGGAUUUCAACCCAA